AUGUGCCACACCAGCUGCUCCUCAGGCUGCCAGGCUGCCUGCUGCGCACCCAGCCCCUGCCAGGUGUCCUGCUGUGUGCCUGUGAGCUGCCAGCCCGCUGUGUGCACACCCGUGAGUUACCAGCCUGCUGUGUGCACACCUGUGAGCUGCCUGCCCGCUGUGUGCACUCCCGUGAGCUGCCAGCCUUCUGUCUACAAGCAAGUUGUCUGCGUGGCCCCCUCCUGCCAGUCCUCCAGGUGCUGCCAGCCCUUCUGCCCCACCCUGGUCUGCAGACCCAUCUGUAGCUCCUCUUGCUGCCUUUGA